ACGCCCAACCCCGCGUCGUGUCUGUUGCUGGAGCCGCAGAGGAGCUCUCUCCGCCGGGAUGGAUAUCCACCGCGGUCAUGGCGACGUGGAGGAGAUUUCAAAGAAACUGAACGAGUGUUUAUCUGUGGAUACAGACGAGCAGGUGGAAACCUACCGCAGAUUAAUUCAAGAAGGUAAAGACGUCGGCCGACAAGGAGACAUGAAGGCGGCGCUGAAGUUCUUCAAACUGGCGUUCGACAUCCGGCAGAGCAACAAACUGGAGAGCCGAAUCCAGAAGAUCGAGGCCCACCUGGCCGAGGAAGACGAGGAGGACGACGACUUCGUGGACGUGAACGGCAGCGGCCUGAUGCUCUUCAAAGACCUGUACGACAAGCUGUACGCCUACCAGCGGGAGGGCGUGGCCUUCCUGUUCGGCCUCCACGGGCGCAAAGGAGGCAUCCUGGCCGACGACAUGGGCCUCGGCAAAACCAUCCAGGUGAUCUCCUUCCUGUCCGGCAUGUACGACGCCGAGCUGGCCAAGCACACGCUGCUGGUCAUGCCCACCUCGCUCAUCAUCAACUGGACCAAGGAGUUCGCCAAGUGGACCCCCGGCAUGCGGGUCAAGGACUUCCACGGUACCGUCAAAGAGCGGUCCAGGAACCUGGAGAAGGUCCAGCGGAGGAGCGGCGUGUUGCUGACCACGUACACCAUGAUCAUGAAUAACUGGCAGCAGCUGUCGUCGUUCAGAGGCAGCGAGUUCACGUGGGACUACGUGAUCCUGGACGAGGCACACAAGAUCAAGAACACCUCCACCAAGACGGCUAAAAGUACCUACGCCAUACCGGCCAAGAACCGGGUGCUGCUCACGGGGACGCCGGUCCAGAACAACUUGAAGGAGAUGUGGGCGCUGUUUGACUUUGCGUGCCACGGAGCCCUCCUGGGAACCGCGAAGACCUUCAAGACCGAGUACGAGAACCCCAUCACCCGGGCCCGGGAGAAGGACGCCACCCCGGGGGAAAUGGCUCUCGGGUUCCGGAUGUCGGAGAACCUCAUGGCCACGAUCAAGCCGUACUUCCUCCGCAGAACCAAGGCGGAAGUGCAGAAAAACAACAAGAACGUCUCCCAACAGGAAGACGGCCGAGCCCCGAGAGACUCGGGCGCUGUGAUGCCGACGCUGAAGAGGAAAAACGACCUGAUCGUCUGGACCUACCUGAGCGCCGUGCAGGAGGACAUCUACCGGCAGUUCAUCUCUCUGGACCACAUCAAGGAGCUGCUCAUGACCACCAGGUCGCCGUUGGCCGAGCUCAACAUCAUGAAGAAGCUGUGCGACCACCCGCGGCUGUUCUCCGCCGCCGCCAUUGCCAAGCUGGGCUUAGACUCUGGGCGGGCCGGGGACGAGCAGAACGACGUCGGGAGCAUCGCCGACGUCCCGGACGACACCUUGGUGGCCGAGUCCGGGAAGCUGGUCUUCCUGUUCGCUCUGCUGGAGCGGCUCCGAGACGAAGGCCACCGCACGCUGGUGUUCGCCCACUACCGGAAGGUGCUGGACAUCAUCCAGCGCAUCCUGGGGAACCGCGGCUUCAAGGUGAUGCGGCUGGACGGGACCGUCACGCAGCUGGCGGAGCGCGAGCGGCUCAUCACGCGCUUCCAAACGGACAGCAGCUACUCCGUCUUCCUGCUCACCACCCAGGUGGGCGGCGUCGGCAUCACCUUGACGGCGGCCGACCGCGUUGUGAUCUACGACCCCAGCUGGAACCCGGCCACGGACGCCCAGGCGGUGGACCGGGCGUACCGGAUCGGCCAGACCGACAACGUGGUCAUCUACCGGCUGAUCACCUGCGGCACGGUGGAGGAGAAGAUCUACCGGCGGCAGGUGUUCAAGGACUCCCUCAUCCGGCAGAACACCGGCGAAAAGAAGAACCCGUUCCGCUACUUCAGCAAGCAGGAGCUGAAGGAGCUCUUCAUCCUGGAGGACACCAGGUCAUCAUCAACGCAGCUGCAGCUGCAGGCGCUGCACGCCAGCCACCGGCGGUCCGACCCCGAGCUGGACGAGCACAUCGCCGUCCUGCACUCCAUGGAGAUGUUCGGCAUCUCGGACCACGACCUCAUGUUCUCCCUCGAAGACGAGAACCAGAACGAGGAGCCGGAGGACCAGGAGGCGCACCACUACAUCGAGGGCCGGGUCCAGAAGGCCCAGGAGCUGAUGAAGGCCGAGUCGGAGCUGCAGAUGCAGCUGAAGGAGAGCAUGGCGUCCGGCACGGAGGCCGCCUGGCUCCGACAGCCAGACGACAACAACCGGGAGCAGAAGAAGAAACCUCCCAGGGGAAGUCUUUCCUUCCCACAGCACGACGUCCACAGGUCACCGGUGGUGGUGGUGGACUUGGACCAAACCGGGUCUGACGACGUGGAUCCAGUUAUUGAUCUCACUGCAGCCCAGAGCACGUCAGAAGAUCAGGACAAGGUUCUGGACGGGAGACGAGACGAGCGGAGCGUCACAGAGGAGGAGGACGCCCCCCCGGUGGUGAUCGAAGACUCUUCGGCGGAUGUCUCCGUUCAGGACCUGACAGACCGCGGCGACGUCACGGCGAGCGAGGGCGACUCCGCCGCGCUGCUGAACACGAGGCUCUCGGUCUUGAAGCUCGACUUGGACGCGUCGCCGAGAAUCGAGUCCUUCGAGGGAAACUUCAACCUGCAGCUGGAGGAGAGCGACAUGGAGGAGCAGCCGGAUGAUGAAGAGGAGGAGGAGGAGAAGCGGAAGCUGGAGGAGCAACCGGACGAUGAAGAGGAGCAGAGUAAGCUGGAGGAACAGCAGGACGAUGAAGAGGAGGAGGAGAGGAAGCUGUUGGCUCAGCUGCAGAUGGACGGGAGCUUCGACGUCUAUAAAUCUCUUUCUGAGAGUCGACACCAACGAGAACUUAGCCAGAGCCACGCCUCCGAAACCAACCAAUCCAUGGACGACUCCAUCGUGGCCACCAAGAGGAAGAGAACAGCUGUGAUUGAUGAUGAUGAUGAGGGUGAUGAUGUUGAUGGGGGUCAACUCGACAACUCCUUACAGGUUAUUGGAGCCUCCACGCCGAAAUCUGGCUCCGCCCCUCUGCGGUCAAGAAAGAGCGUUGGGGGAAACACCUCGGUCGCCUCACGCCGCUCCUUCAUCAUGUCCAUGAUUGAAGACAUCGACCCCCGACCGGAGGAGGAGCAGGAGGAAGAAGAAGAGGAGGAGGAGGAGGUUUCAGGGAGGCACUCUGACGAAGAGGAAAUCAUUGGUUCUACUCGUGAUGAGCUUCAGCUGGAGGAGACGGUGGGAGAGACAUUAGAGGAGGAGGAGGAGUCUGGACAGGAAGUGAGCAGCAACAUGGAGGAGUCUGGACAGGAAGUGAGCAGCAACAUGGAGGAGUCUGGACAGGAAGUGAGCAGCAACACGGAGGAGUCUGAACAGGAAGUGAGCAGCAACACGGAGGAGUCUGGACAGGAAGUGAGCAGCAACAUGGAGGAGUCCAGCACGCCGGAGCUCGCCUCCGACGAGAAGAUGGAUCAGUACACCGCUGACGCCGGAGUAAAGAGGACGACAACGGUGGGGGAGGAGGAGGAGAGUUUCCUCUCGCUGGUCAGAAGAGGGAAGGAGAUGAAGAGCGAGGGGAAGCUGGACGAGGCGCUGGGCUUGUUCCUGAGAGCCAUCGACAUGAACCCUGGCGAGCCCGAGGUCCAGCUCAUGACCAUCCAGCUGUACCGGCAGCAAAGACGGUAACGGACUCUCUAUGUUCAUAAACACCUGUAUUUAUUACGUCAUCGCCGUGGGGGACGUCUACCUGGACUAACUACUUUACGCUAAUAAAUUUCACAGUAAAAUGUUUUUCCAAAAUCUGCAUUUCAUUUGAUGUUUUCAAAACCAUUUUAAAUGGAUCAAUGAUUAAGUAACGAUGUGGAUUUUUUAAAGUACUUUUGUACCUUCCUGCAAACAUUUUUACUUAAAUUGGUGUUUUUCUACUUUUGGAAGCAAAAGUUGUUCUAAAUGUUUUUUUGCUCAAUAAAAUGUUGAUUUUAAAAUAGGAUUUUUUGGCAAACUUUUUCUUGUACCUUAAGUUUAAAUAUGUUUUUAAUUACUCCCUGUGGAUAUAAAAAGUUCACCUGUUGACUGCCAGGUGACAAAGAUAACAUGUUUUAUUUAAAGGUGGAAGAAGUUUAUUUACUUAUUAAUGUGACGAUAACGUGAAGCAUCACGAAGUAAAUAAUAACUUAUAGUGCACGUUAUGAGAUGUAACUCCUUCUACAACACUUGUGUCAAACUCGCGGCCCGCCACGGCAUGAAGUAAAUAUGAUGCCUUUUCUUUUAAAAAAGGCGGGGGAAUCCUGUGCUUUUAUUUUGACGGUCUUUCUUUCUGCAGCGGAGUGCGGUCUGUUCACUCUCCUCCAUGCUGCGUUCACGCCAGAGGAGAGGCGAACUCUUGUUGCUUUCCUAAAUGUACUCGCGUGAGUUCACUCGCCGAACUGUUUGUGAUCGUUCUCUUCACUCGCGCUAGAAGCGCCGGAGAGGGGGCGUGGCUUAUCGUGGCAUAUAACAGUUCGUUACCACCGUCCGUCCACGGAAGAAAUAAUCACUCUUUGUACUGUUGAGGAAGUCCCACAAACGUCGGAUCAUCAAGCCCUCGAGUCUGGGUUCAUAAUAUUAAUAAUAAAUAUUAUAUUAUCCGUAGCCGCACACAGCUUCUCCCAGAAAAACUCCUAAACAACCCUUCACUGGAAAAAAAUAGGGAAGAAACCUUCAGGAGAGCAACAGAGGAGGAUCCCUCUCCAGGAUGGACAGAUGCAAUAGAUGUAAUGUGUACAGAAGGACAGAUUUAGAGUUAAAACACAUUCAAUGAAUUAUAACACCUCCAAGAUCCAUCAGGCAGAUGGAGGUAGAUAGGAGUGGGCGGAGUCACAACAGGGCAAGGUGUGUGUGUGUGUGUAACCACAUUGACUAUUAACAAAUAUCCCCAGUUCUCCCAUUAUGUAUUCCUCCAUCAGGUCUAUGUGUCAGUGGUCACUAAGUUUAAAGUGAAUGCUGCUUCAUGUUGUUCAGUAUUUAAUAUAGUCAGAAGAAAAGUUAAUGUUGAAUAUGUGAAUCUUUUUUAAUUACCCUUGUUUAAUUUAUUUAGAGUUUGUGUAUGAAAGCUGUUCCUCAAGACUCUGACUUGUAGAGCAGCUUUAUGUGUCAUAGGUUCAGUGAGUGAGCCAUGAAUUACAUCUUUUGAGGCUUUUUUAAAACUACUCACCAGACUUUUUACCUUCGCAUUGAAAAUGCGGACGGUAAUGUUUUGAUCGCCGUGUAUUUGUAUGCGUGCGUGCGUGUUAUUCGCAUAAGUCCAAAAGUAUUAAACCGAAUCGCAUGACAUUUGGUGGGAUGAUUGGUUAUUAUCCGGGGACCAUUUGAUUAGAAUUUGGGAUCGAUCUGGUCAAGGUCAUGAAAAGGUCAAAAUCGUCUUUGAAUUGCAUGAAAUUUGGUGGGAUGAUUGGUUAUUAUCCGGGGACCAUUUGAUGAGAUUUUGGGAUCGAUAGGGUCAAGGCCAAGGUCAUGAAAAGGUCAAAAUCUUAUUUUUACCAUAGCGCGGUCAAUUUUUAUCCAAUUGGCAUGCAACUAAUGCCAAAAUGUUCAUAAUUCAAUGCCCAAUCUUGUGAUAUGCGAAGGUAUGCGCUCUACCGAGUGUCCGUUCUAGUUUAUUUCAUGUUUUUGCAUGAAAGCACCGUUUAGCCUUUUUUUAAAGUCUGAAGUUACUGAAAAGUUAUUUAUAUUGUAUUACCUUGUGUCCUUAAGAUUCACUUGUUGGUUUAUAAUUGACUGUCAAAUGGGAAUAUUAUUUAAUAGAUGGUUGUGCAUACUGUGAUAUUCUGAACUCUCAGGUUCAAACUGCACCAUCUUUUCAUUAAAUACAUUUGAGAAGUUAAAAAUGUUCCUCGAUUUAGGUCUCAGCUUGUCAUUCAGGAGUGAUAGUGCGUCCCACAGCCCCAGACCAGUGGAGAACCACAGCCCCAGAUCAGUGGAGAACCACCUGUCUCAACUGUGACAAAGCUUUUAACAAAGUUUAUGUAAUGAUGUUUGUUUGAUCUUUGAUAAAGUAGUGUGGGUUAGAAUAAAUAUAAUUAAAUUAAAUGGAUUUAUUUUAUAAUAUUGAAUACAUUUGCAUAUAUAUUUAUACAUAUAAGUACACUUAAAUAAACAAUAAACAAAUGCAAAGACAGUUAUUUUACACUAUAUUCUGGAGUAGUUAGAAUUAUACCGAUGUGAUUGGUUCAUUCUGGACGCAGUCACGACCCCUGUAGCCACGCCCCCUGUGCACUCUGACGCAACCAGCUCAGUACGUUUUUAUUAGUGUUUUAAUGUAAUUAUUCACGUUAGUUCAGACAUGAUUUAUUCAUAAAACUGACAUUUUUGCAGGUGUACUUUUUUAUCUCCACCAUAUUUCUAAAUUGAUCGAUAUUCCUGCAAAUAUCUUGUUUUUGGUUUAUAAAAUAUCAGAAAAUAAUCCUGUAAAGGUUUCCCAAAAUAAAUGAGUGAACUUCAGCAGUUGGACAUGAAUCUUAUAAUUGUUAUGAAUCUUAUUAUAAGUGUUAUGAAUCUUGUGCACCGCUGCUGUGACUUUUGAAAUUUCCCCACUGGGACGAAUAAAGGUAUAUCAUAUAUCAUAUCUUA